AAAAAAAAAAACAUUCCUUGGAAGUUACAUAGAUAUUCUUGUAUAACUCUUCUUGAAUAAAUUGUAUAAUUAAUGUGAAAGUAAUAUAAAAUAGAUUGUUUGUCCUACAGUUGAAUUUAUAUAUUUAGGAUUCACGAUCAAACCUCUUUUAAAUAUAAAUAUAAAAUAUCUAAGUAAAUUGGAGGGAGAGAUCUAUGAAUCUUGUUCUAUAAAUAGAGCUGCAAGGGAAGCACUUAACCACAUCCAAAACCAAUAGCAACACAAACAAAAGAAAAUCUACUCUUUAGUUUCAACACUUCAGCUUUAAUAAUCCUAACAUGGCAAUGCUCAUCAAGAACAAAAACAUGGCCUUCUCACUGAUCUUUAUGUGUCUCUUUGUGGUGUAUCCAAUGGCUAACGCUCAAUUUAGUGGGCUUCUUGGCGGGGCUACUGUCGUCAAUAUACAAGGGCUUGUUACGUGCUUUACCAAUGGCAGCGUCUCUACCAAUACCACUUCCAUCCCUCCUUUCGCCGGUGUGCCCGUUUUGCUUCAGUAUGCUGGGCAAAAUGUUACAACUACGACUACGGGAGCUAAUGGAGUAUUCUCGUUUCCUUCCAGUACAGUAUUUCCGAUCUCGCUGCUUUCCACACUCCUUAACUCCGGUUGUAGGGCCAUUGUCACGGCCCCUCUCUCCACAUGCAACGCAAGCCUCCCUACCAACGGACUCCUCAGGGCACCGUUAAAUCUCGCAGGAACCAUCGUUACCGGCGGCAUCAACAUCUUGCAAUUCGUCAAUGGCCUCUUUAGGCUCAUCUAACUGGUUUCAAACCAAGUAUUCCUUCUUGGUUUGGUUACGGUGUGUGUUUCCCUUCUGUUGUUUUAUUUUUUGCUAAGGCCUUCUGUUGGUUUAUGUUUUGCGUCAUGGCCAUUAACGUGUAUGCUAACGUAUGCAUGCAUGAAUAAGGUCUAUAUAAGAAUGCGUAUGUCUCUAUCUUCAAAGUAUUGUGGUUGUAACUUCUUGUCCAGGUCUUAAUUUGCAAUGCAGUGCAUGCAAUGAAAAAUGAAAUAAAAUAAUUUCUCUUAUAGUCU